GAGCCGGAGCCGGAGCUCGAGGGGUGAGAUGCUGUUGUGUUCUUUUUUAGACGACCAAGUGCGAGAAAGAGGAGGUGGGGAGAGGAUUAUAAUGUAAUAAAAAGAGAACGAAUACAUUCAGUAACUAAUCGUAGUGAAAAGAAUCAGUUCAUCAUAUAUCCGUCUGGAGGCACUUACCCGAUGGAAGACGGCAUUUGGUGAUUGAUCAAGUGUGCGUAUUUCAUUGCUAAUAAUAAAGAUAAGUGGACCGUUUGUACUACAAUACCCGAAAAUGGCCGCUGUGAAAUAAUGUAACAUUAAGAUCUCACUGAAGGAUUUGGAUUCAACUUAGGAGAAAAUCCAUAAUAAUAUUGCCUCAAGACGGUGGUCUGUCAGCUUAAAAGUAUUUCAGCUAUCAUAAUUAUCCCCAAUGUGAAGAUGUCAUGAAAUUGAGGAAGUGUUAUAAAGGUGGACUCUUCUAUGUACAGCACAAGAAGUGUGUAAGAGCUUGACAUUCUGUAAAACCAUACGGUAGCAGAAGGCACUCUCAAUGGCAACAGAUCCUGGUGAGCCCACAGACACAGGAGAUGGUGGGAAAUCUGAUGGAGUAAAUCUGCAGGUCCAGAAUCCAGAACAAGGCAGUGAAAGACCGACUGUCUCACAGGAAAAUGAAACCAUGGAUAGCGAAUUAAAUAAUGCAAGACUGAGCAACAACCAGGUGACUUCUAGUUCAGGAUCUGUGACCUCAAAUGGUAGGAAAGAAAACAAGCGUUUCUUCAGGAAGAGUAUUGAGAUCUGUGAACAAGAUGAUGUUGAUGAUCCCCUCUGCUCUGGUAAACAAGAUAUCAUUGGAAUUAGCAGUGUUGUCACUGAAACCUUUGAUACAGAUAAUGUAUUCUCAGGUGGCACAGGUAGUGGAAUCGGUAAUUAUCAGCAGCCAGGGAUGUCAUCGAUUAACAUUUGCACACGAAAUUCCCUUUCUACAGACCAAAAUCAUUGUAACAAAGAGGUUUCUACGACAGCAUCUUCCAAAACGAGGACUGAGAGGGAGUUGGAAGAGGAGGCAGAGACUGAAGCUGUUGCUACCUCACCUGGUGGCAGAUUCUUGAAAUUUGACAUUGAGCUUGGAAGAGGUGCAUUCAAAACUGUCUACAAAGGUCUUGAUACAGAAACCUCAGUGGAGGUGGCCUGGUGUGAACUACAGGAUAGAAAGUUGACAAAAGCUGAGCAGCAGAGAUUUAAAGAAGAGGCCGAAAUGCUAAAAGGUCUUCAGCAUCCUAACAUUGUACGCUUCUAUGAUUCCUGGGAGUCCGUUCUUAAGGGCAAGAAAUGUAUUGUUUUAGUUACAGAGCUUAUGACUUCGGGUACACUUAAAACAUACUUGAAGAGAUUCAAGGUGAUGAAGCCAAAGGUUUUACGUAGCUGGUGCAGGCAGAUUUUAAAGGGUCUUCAGUUUUUGCACACAAGGACUCCACCAAUAAUUCACCGGGACUUGAAGUGCGACAACAUUUUUAUCACUGGGCCAACAGGCUCAGUAAAGAUUGGUGACUUGGGCCUUGCAACACUCAUGCGCACAUCCUUUGCCAAGAGUGUAAUUGGCACGCCUGAGUUUAUGGCCCCUGAAAUGUAUGAGGAACACUAUGAUGAGUCAGUAGAUGUGUAUGCUUUUGGGAUGUGCAUGCUUGAAAUGGCUACUUCAGAGUAUCCGUAUUCAGAAUGCAAGAAUGCUGCACAAAUCUAUCGCAAAGUCACCAGUGGCAUCAAACCUGCCAGCUUUGACAAAGUGAGCGACCCAGAAAUCAAGGAAAUCAUAGAGGGAUGUAUCCGGCAAAACAAAAGCGAAAGGCUUUCUAUAAAGGAUCUUUUGACACAUGCAUUCUUUGCAGAGGAUACAGGUGUGCGAGUUGAACUUGCAGAAGAUGAUGAUGGUGUGAAAGAAUCACUUGCUCUUCGUAUUUGGGUGGAAGACCCAAAGAAGUUAAAAGGAAAACACAAAGACAAUGAAGCAAUUGAAUUCAGCUAUGACCUAGAAAAUGAUAUAGCCGAAGAAGUUGCCCAGGAGAUGGUAAAGUCUAAAUUAUUUACAGAAAGUGACUCUAAGUUAGUUGCAAAGUCAAUAAAGGACCGUGUGACUCUAAUUAAGAAAUCAAGAGAAUGGAAGCAGCUUAUGCGUGGGUAUGAAGAACGACGUGAUUCCCAGACAGUGCUAACAGGAGGUGGUGGUCCAUCCACAUCUUCACAAAUCAGUGGUUUUGUCUCUUCCAUUGGUCAGACCCCAGGUCUUAGUGUUGUGACUCAAGUAGGAUUGCCUGAACCAGAAGAACUAACUGAGGUUGAUCAACAUGUCCGUCUACAACAGCUACAGCAAAAAGUACAAAGCACUACCUUUACAGGAGAAUUUGUUACAGAAGGCAAUGUAGUCCAUGCAGAUUACAUCACCUGUUCAGAAAAGAUUAUGAGUGGACAUAAUCAAACUGCCUGUAUAGCACAGUCAGAUGUUGGACUACAGCUACAGUUUCACAAACAGCCAAUUGGUUAUCCGCAGAUAUCAGCACCGGCUUCGGGGUCAGGAUACCCUAUACAGUCACUUCAGAGUCAGCCAUAUCAGGAAUUACAAACAUCUGGAUUUACUUCUCAAUCACCUGGACUACAAGCACAAACCAUUCACAUGCAACAGAUACAAGGGCCAGGGGUGGUAUGUCAUCCUCAGGUACUGGCAAUUGGACAAAGCCAGCCACUUCAAACAAUGCCAGUACAGAGUUUGGUUCAGCCAGCAGUCCUGCAGCCACAGAUUUCACCUGUGGCAGUUCCACCCUUUCAGCAGCCACUUGAUGCCAUGCAGUCGUCAUCCUUUGGGACAGAUGGACAAUUAAUAACUCGCCUACAAUCUCAGGCUCCUGCGACAACAGCUGUUGAACCAACAAAUGUUGCUUGUGUGUCGGGUUCUAGCAUGAUGACUGUUCCACCACCUUUACAACAUUUCCAAGGCAUUGUAUCUCCACAAGCUGUUGUGCCCUCUUCUGCUACAGUGCCAGCUAUUGCUUCUUUGACGGGGGCAGAGUCUAGUGAUACGCCAAUUGCAAGUGCUAUUUUGUUAAUCGGACAAGACAUUCAGGCAGCACAACAGAAAACUGUUAAAAUAAUGCCUCAGACAAAUGUCUCCCAGCAGCUUCAAGUGACAUCAGUACACCAGGUACCACCACAGCACAUAAAGCAACAUUCUAUCUUGCAACAGCAGCAUUUACAAGCUAAUAUUGCAGAUACACAAGUGCAGCAACAAACUCUAAUAGCAAAUGUUGAAAAGCAUGCUGUAUUAAUUCAGCAGGCAGAUAAGCAUGCUUUAUUAGAACAGAAACAAGAGCAGCAGAUUUCAAUGAAACCACAUUAUUCUUUAGAGCAACCCAUCUUUGUACCUCAACAUAUAGUUGAGGAGCCUCAGCAACAUGAACAGCAGGUGAAAGGGCAGAAGCAAGAAAAUGAACAAACGGUACUACAACAGCAACAACUUUUCCUUUUGCAGAAGCAACACUUGGAUCAACAAACGUUACUUCAGCAGCAGCAGACAUUGAGCCAUCAGGCAUUACUGCAGCAGCAUCAAACAUUGGAUCAACAGAGGUUACUGCACCUGCAGCACAUUCAACAGAUGGAAAAGCAAGCAGCAGUAAAAAUUCAGCAAAUUGAACCCAAGUCAUUAUUACAACCAUUGGAUAAACUGAAGCUGCUACAACAGCAGCCAGUGGGCCAGCAGGUAGUGCUCCCACCCCCAGUGGAUCAACAGGUAGUGCUACAUCAGCAGGCUCAACAACAUGUGGAGCAGCAGGCAUUGUUAAAGAAGCAACAUCUGGAGAAACAAGUACUGCUGCAACAGCAGCAGAUGGAGCAGCAGACAUUGCUGCUGCAGCAGCAGAUGGAACAGCAGGCAUUACUACAGCAACCACGGACUGAGCUACAGCAAAAGAUAGAAGCGCAGGUAUUGCUGGAGCAGCAGCAAGCCUUGCUAAAGCAGCAGCAACAAAUAGAGCAGCAGGCACUCUUGCAGAAGCAGAUGGAGCAGCAAGCACUGCUGCAGAUGCAACAGAUGGAGCAGCAGGCAUUUCUGCAACAACAGAAACAGCAGAAUGUGGAGCAGCAGGCGUUGCUGCAGCAGCAGCAGCAGCAGCAAAUGGAGCAGCAGGCGUUGCUGCAGCAGCAAAUGGAGCAGCAGGCGUUGUUGCAGCAGCAGCAAGUAGAUCAGCAGACAUUGUUGGAGCAGCAGGGGUUGUUGCAGCAGCAGCAGCAGCAGAUGGAGCAGCAAGCAUUGCUACAACAGCAGCAGCAGCAGAUGGAGCAGCAAGCAUUGCUACAACAGCAGCAGCAGCAGAUGGAGCAGCAGGCAUUGCUACAACAGCAGCAGCAGCAGAUGGAGCAGCAGACAUUGCUGCAGCAGCAGAAGGAGCAGCAGGCAUUGCUGCAGCAACAGCAGCAGCAGAAGGAGCAGCAGGCAUUGCUGCAGCAACAGCAGCAGCAGCAGAUGGAGCAGCAGGCAUUGCUGCAGCAACGGCAGCAGGUGGAUCAGCAGGCUUUGCAAAUGCAACAACAACUAACACAGACAACAUUAUUAGAGCAGCAGACUUUGCAACAGCAGCAGAUGGAUCAGCAGGUAUUGAUGCAGUUGCAGCAAAUGGAACAGAAUUUGCUUCACCAUCAACAGACUGAAAAUCAGGUUUUACCUAAGGAGCAACAGGAGUUACUGCAACGAGAGGAGGUGCAGCAGCAGGUGGUGUUACAGCCAAAACAGAUGGAUAAGCACACAUUCAUUCAACAAAAAAUUGAACAGCAAACCUAUCUACAGUUUGAUCAGCAGGUUUUGUUGCAAAAGCAGAAGGAGCAACAUGCAUCGCUGCAGCAGCCACAGCAAGUAUUUUUGGAAAAGCCAAGUGUUCUGCCCCAGUCAACCUUGCCUUUACAAGGAGCUACAUCAGUUCUAGAGCCACAAGCACAGGUAUCUAUCCAGCAGACGUGGGCACAGAAACACAUACAACAGCAUACCUGCUUACCUCAGCAAAUGGAACAAAGCUCAGUCAUUUCACAACAAAAUAUCCAGAGUAGUGAAAUUCUGUCAGAACUACAGAAGCAGGCUUUAGUUCAGAAACAAGCUGAAUGUCAGUCUUCUUCACAGGGAGGAUCCACUUUGAUAGAUUCCAGUACAGAAGCAGCUUUGCAAGAUCCCCCUAAACUGAAGACCGUUUCAGUCCAACCACAAACUGACCUAGCUUUCCAGCAACAACAUACUGUUGCCCAGCAAGUUGUCCACAGUAUACCUGAUUCACAGCAUAUAACGCAACAGAAACCUACUCAGCUGCCCUACCAAAGGUUAGUUCAGUUUUCCUUUCAGGAUCAGCAAAGUAGCUUGACCCAGUCUGCUCAACAGCUUACCCAGCAGGUUUAUAUGCCACCACAACAAACUCUGUUUAUUCCUCAGCAGGUAGUCUCAGUGUCACAGGCUGCCCCUGUAAUCCAGUCUUCUGCAUCCCUACAAAAUGUUCCCCUCCCGACGCAGCAACAACAGGUGAUAGUGACACCUCAGCAGCUUCUUGUCCAGCCACAGUUGCAAGCACAGGAGACAAUAAAAACAUCUAAAACACCAAUUCCAAUACAGCACCAGGUUCAACAGCAGGUUCCAUUUAAUCAGUCUGUUCCAUCACUACAAGAGAAUGAACAACUGACGUUAUCAAGACAACUGCUGCAGCAGACUGGCCAAGUUAAUCAACAGCAGGAAAUAAAACAACAAAUAAAUACCUCACAUGUCCAAGGUUCUUUAAUUCAACCUGACAUCACCACUCAAGAAAUUCAACAACACAUUCCACACGCAGUAAUUCUAAAGCCAGUUCAGUCUCUGCAGCUGGGUCAACCUGUGCAGCUGGUACAACAAAAGUCACAAUUUCAGCACCAAACCCAUAUAACCCCUCAACCCCUAAGCACUCCUUCACAUCUAGAUAUACUUACCCCUCAGCAGCAGGGCCAUAUAGCAACACAACAUGUUUCCCAGAAACAGCUGGAAGUUCUUCAAAAGGACAAACAUGUGGAGUAUAAAUCACUAUUAUCAGAGACUCAACAGCACAGUCAUGCCCAUAUACAUCAGUCAAAAACUGAGGUUUCACCACUCUCAGCAGAGUCAAUGCAGCAACAUCCUGUUUUACAGGGUGUGAUUCCACACCAGGUUACAUUACAGGCUGAAGAAUUCAGUGAGGACCAGCAGCAUGAUCUGUUACAGAAGGUACCAGUGCAGGAUCAUCUACUUAAGCAACAGUCAGGAAUUGCACAGUUCCAUGACCAGGCAUCUCCACAACAAAUUACACAAACACUCUUAGACCAGGUGACUUCAACAACUACCCCCUCACAACAGCUGCUCAUUCAACAAAAUCACACACUUAGUUUGAAAUCCCAGCUAUAUGUUUCUGACCAGCAACCAGCUGUCCUUUCCAAGACAUCUGUUAUUUCAUUGGAGAGAUUCUCUGACAACAGUGGUAUUAAUUCUCAACCAAAGCAAGGAUUUCCAAUAUUGCAGAGCACUGAAACAGUACCAGGAUUGCCUACAAGCCCUUCACAUUCUUUUUGUUACCAAAUUCCUGAUGUACUGCCAACGUCUGGAAAGCCCAUAAGUACUACUUCUGUUCCAGCGCCUGAUAAUUAUGCAUUACCAUUUCCAUCGGUGGUGGAUCCUCCAAACAUGCCAGUGGACCCUCGAUUACAGCAAUCCGCUGUUCCUGUCCCUGAUGUUAACAGUGGCCUUCCACAAUUAGAAGAUAACCAUAAAGCCCAGACUCAGAGCUUGCAAGAAAUUCUUUGUGUUCAGCAACAGCACUUCCUGCCAAAGCAAGACUCUCUUCCUGGAGUUCCAGUUGAUACCAAGGGAUUAACAAAUGGGGAAGAUGCCACAGGCAGGAAUGGUAAAACCGAUAAACCCAAGACACAGAGGAGAUCAUCAUGCCAGAAAACCGAUAAACUUGUACAUUUCCAGCUCUUUAUGUUACAGGUUUCAUCCUAUGGAGACAACAUGGUGGAGUGUCAGCUUGAGACACAUAAUAACAAAAUGGUGACAUUUAAAUUUGAUACAGAAGGAGAUGCACCUGAAGACAUAGCUGACUGUAUGGUUGAAGAGGAUUUUGUGCUUAACAUUGAAAAGGAAAAAUUUGUGGAAGAACUGAAGGUAAUCGUAAUGAAAGCACAGGAGAUCCUGAAAAAUACAUCCUCUAAACUAGAUGGACAAGAUGGCAGCAUUCAGGCUGAAUCGUUGGAACACUUGCAUGUAAACCCACUACCACCACCAAGCAAAGAGUCAGGCCAUCAGUGUUCUCCUGUAGGGCGGUGGAAAUUUUUCAUCAAUCAGACAAUCAAGCACCGCGAGUCACAGUCCUCCCAGGGAUUGCCAAUGCCUUCCAGUGGUGCUACAGAGCUACAUCUGAAUUCUAGAGAUAUCAAAGAAGAAAAUGUUGAUAAGUUCACCAAUAUUAUAGUGACAUAUAAACAGAGUUCUGAUCAAUUUGAUGUCCCUAUAGAAUUCGAAGUAGAUCAUAGUAAUAACCCAGCUGUCAUUAAGAAAACAGAAGAAGUAAUGACAUUUGUUGACUCUCUGCCAGCAACUGUAUCCCUCAGUUGCCAUCAGAACUCUGUAGGCCUAGUUCAAGAGAUUACUUCAGAAGGACCAACACUUGGAGUUGAAAAUCAAACCAAGUAUGAUGAUAGUUAUUCUGAAUCAUUCGUUGGAGAGACAGAACAGUGUAAUGAACUUGUUUUAGAGCUGAAGCAUGACACUGAUUCAUCUUUGCCCUCUCAGAGUAGCCUUGUUACCAGAUCUGGUACAGAGGUUACUUCAAGUCUUUCUUUUUUGGAGCCACAGUCUCAGCAGAUCCAAGAAACUACACCAGUGUCAUAUGCCAGUCCUGCUCAGCCAUCUUCAUUUCCAGAUUCAGAUGGAGAAGGACCUCCAAAAUUUGAAUAUGUAGACAACUGUAUCAAGACAUUGGACAAAAAGCUCCGAAGUUUACUUUACCAAGAACACAGUGGUUGCUCUGUGUCUGGAAUUUCUGAAGUCUCUACAUGCGAUCCCUUAAUGGCUGAAGUCUUAGAUUCUACUAGUGAAAAAAUAUCAGUCACAACAGUUUCUUCUUCUUCCUCCUCCUCAACUUCAUGUUGCUCCUCAUGUUCUGAUCUCUCUGGAUUUACACAGGGACCAACAAAAAAAGGGGCAAUUGAUGAAUUAAAUUCUGCUGCAGCAGCAAAAGCAACAGCUGGGCUAGGUGAGAACAAAGAUGUCAUCAUUAGAACAGAAAAACAAGCCUUUCUCAACUCUGAAGGAAAUGUUAUUUCAGCCAACCCACUAGAUAUGGCAGUUCGGCAGCAGCCAUCAUCCUCUGUUACUUAUCGUGAAGUCUCAGUCCAAGGUGGUGAUAGAGAACACCUCUCAGAAGCCUUCACAUCAAUGUCCAUUGAGGCUGCUGUUGAUGUACCUCUACAUUCGGAUGCCUCUUCACCUGGAGACCCAGAGUACCUUCCUUCCAGAGGUGGAACCUACAAGCUGCAAGCAGGAGAAGUUGUUUCCAGUCAAGUGGAAGGUUUGUCUGAGUCAUCUUCAGUUGUGGAGCAUCAUAGUCUAAGUGGAGCUGAACCUAAGGAACCUCUUGAAUCAGUCCAGAGAGGUAGAUUCCAGGUCAUUCCUGUGUUGACUGAAAUGGAGUUAGUUUCCAAGCCUGUUCAAUCUGGAACCAUGCAGAGUGCAGAUUGUUCAAGUAGUAUGACAGAAUGUAUUCAAGGAUCAUCACUAUUUACAACAGAUGAACAGUUUCAAACAGAGAAAAUAAUUGGACGCUUCUCAGUCACCCAGACCCAGACUGAAAGUCAGAGCCAUUUGGAAACUGCUUCUUUACCUUCCACUCAUACAUGUGAAAUGAACAGCUCUUCCUUUACUCCAGAACAAGACUCUCAGAGUACCUUAACAUCAGCAAGUUGCAGUACUCAGUCAGAAAGUUGGAAUCAAGAUGGAAAUUUCACAAUAGAAGCACAUGCUGUAAAUGCAGAUUCCCCUAAACAAUCCAUGACUGAUGGAGAUGAUUCCUCUGUGCCAGUAGGACCCAGUGGGGAUGCUAACUGUAGAGCUGGUCCACCACAGCAAGAGGAAGGUACCCAUAGGCUUCAAAAGCAAAACUCUGCUCAUUUGUAUUCUCCUUCCUCACCAAUGAGUAGUGAUGAUGAAUCUGAAGUAGAAGAUGAAGAUCUGCGAAGAGAACUGCUGAGGCUUAGGGAGAAACACAUUCAGGAAGUUGUAACACUUCAAGCACAACAGAGUCGAGAGCUGAAUGAACUGUAUGAGCAACUGCGUCAGCUGAAGGAACAUAAGUACACACCGGUUCAUCAGUGCUCCAAUCAAAGCUUGUCACCUAGGCGACAAAGGUCAAGCAAGGGAAAACUGCGGAGCAGACCACAAUCCUUCACUCAGACGGACAAUGGCUUUAUCAGCAAUGGUUCCAUGAUGUGCGACAGUGCUAACUUUUGCCUUCAAGAGUCAUCUAGCAAGAAGACCAUGUUUACUGAUGAGCUGCAUAAGUUAGUAGAUGACUGGAAGAGAGAAGCAGUUGGAUUUGCCCAUUUAAAGCCCAGUUUGAAUCAGAUUAAGCAAAUCCAGCAGAAACAGGAAUUUGCCUUUUGGAAUUCACCAUCUGAGGGCCCUUCCCCAGGAUGGUUUUCAUCUGUAACACCUGUUAAUGUUGGAACAGUCCCCGUACAAACUGCACCAGUGGCUGUAUCCUCUGCAUCCUCUACGCCUAGUUUCCAGGGGGCCCCAGUCACUGCAACACCUUCCGUUUCUGCGUAUGCAGUGCCACAACUCUGUCCUUAUAGUGUUGUUGCAAGCUCCACUUAUUCUUCACAGUGGUCUGGAUUGCCUUCCUCUGCACUGCCACAACACUCCUCUUCAGUUCCUUCUCCGUCUCAGGCUCUGGGCCACUUCACAACACCUGGGAAUGUAAUGCACCCUGCUUCAGUAAUUCAGAAAACUUCUGGAACUCCUCCUGGACCAAAAUAAUAUAUUCUCGCCUUUAAGGAUCCUGGCCUCUAAUGGGUUUCUUGGGGAGA